ACGCUCGACUUCAUGUAAGAUGGAGAGUGGGACACGGAUGACUUUCUGGUAGCUUCGUCUUCUUCUAAAAGAAUUACAACAGAUAGUGAUGAUGCAGAUACGUUUCAUUUGCCGUCAGACGAUGAGUGCGACUCAUAUGACAUACCGUAUGCUGGUAUGCAAAGCACUGGAUCCAGAACACAUGAACAGGAGCAAAAAUCAUCCAACGUUGCAGCACUUGCGGAGCAGCAAAGUGUGACUCCAGAGCGAAUCCGCAGCCAUGACACCGAAGACACAGACAGCAAUGAUAGCCACAUUCCUUGUGCGCAGCAGAUCGAACCGGAAGAAGACAGCCAUCGUACAACGGAGGACGAAAAUCAUGAACAAAGCAGACAGCAGGACAGACAGAGCGAGCCCGAUCAUUGGUUAAACGAUGGCUCAUUUGUUGACGGCUCUGAGGACAGUAACAGCAGUAACUCGAACAGGCAACACCGCGAAGGGCAUUGGUUUGGCAGUACGGAUGGCGAUCGUAGCUUCUGGGCAUUCAAGUACAGCGAAACACGGGUAGUGCAUCGGGAAUGGUACAGCUGCUGUAAGUAA